AUGUCUACUGUCCCCGUCACCCCUCCCGCCACCGAGAGCUGGCGCGGCGAGCACGAGAACAUCAUUCACCUCAACCUUCCCCAGUCCAACGUCUCUCGCUCUAGAAGACAAGUCCAAAGACCGUCCCUCGACAUAUCCCCCUCAUUCGACUGCUCAGACCAGUCUUCCUCUCCUUCCUCUGUACCUUCUCCCGUUGCUGUUCAGAAUUCUCAGCCUUUCGAUGCCGAUGAUGCCUGGAAUCUGAUACCUUAUCACGUCUCCUGGGGGCACGAAUACGAGGAGUACCGUGCCGGCACACUUCCCGGCCCCGAGGGUAACUGCAUAUUCUUGCGAUCUCCUACUCCACUGAAGAACCAGCGCGCGACGGAGGCGUGCAAGAAGUGCCGUGAGCGCAAGGCCAAGUGCUCUGGAACGCGUCCUGCGUGUUCUCGCUGCAGCUCGCGCGGAUUCUCUUGCCAGUACGCAUCCGAGCUCGAGCCUCAAAGCGCGCCCGUCAAGAGUCGCUGUCGCCGCCGUGACACUGCUGUCUCUUCCAAGUCUUCCAUCUCCCGAGUCGACCCUGCUCGCAUCGCUAGCGGACAAUUCUCGCCUGAUAUGGUCGACUUCUCCAUGGUUGGCGAACCUUCAGUCAAGCGCGAAGAGGUCGAGAAUACAUACGCCCUCGGUAUACCCCUCAGCAGCUACUUUCCCUAUUUCGCUCCUACGAGCCCAACGUCUAUGUCUUUGGAGUCGUCGACGCCGUCGGAGGAGAGCGAGGAAUGGAACUUCUCCGCACCCAUUCAUGCGCAUACGUCCGAGUCUCCCUCCAGUGGCGAAGGCGACGAGCCGGUCAUGUUGUCUUCCUACCCUCAUGAAGUCUCUCCGUAUUCCCGCGACAACUUCCAUCACGACGACGUAUCGCUCGCCCUUCUCAAUUCGUCCAUCAUCGCGCCUCUACCCCGCCGGCACUCAGCUUCCACGUCGCUCCUUGCAGCCGAUCACUCGCAUCUUAUUCCUUCCAUUUAUUCAUCUCCCUUCGAGAACGUCGAGCCCAACCAUAACGAUAUGAUCGUCGCAGUCCCGUGCAUUUCUUGGGACUCGCAAACACUUGUCCCGACAUCGGAGGAACAAUCGCUGGCACAGCAGUACGAGGUCCCCACUUCGUAUCACCUUCCAUCCGACACGACGCAACACUCGACAUUCUUCCCUUCUUACUCCGAGUCAGCCAAUGCCUAUGCCGGCAGACUGCCUCCAUUUCAGUUACACGAGACCUCCAUGGCCACUUAUAGGCCAAGUACCGGCGUCCAGCCCACUUACGGCGGAUCUUCGUUGGAGCCCGCGCCUUAUGUCGAGUGGUCUCAGAUCUCAUAG